AUUUCCACGAAUUCUUUGAAGAUGAAACCAACAUAUAAAAUCUCCAAUACCCCAAUCCAAUAAACACAAAACAAAAUUCUGUUGGUGAUUAUAACUUUCAAAGAAUGAAAACACUCCAUAUCCAUGUCAGCACCUUCAUGUUCAUAUUCUCUCACUUCUUCUUCUACCCUUUUCUCAGUGUAGCCGUUGACACCAUCACACCCACACAGCCCCUCACCAUCAAUCAAACUCUGGUCUCUAAUGGUGAAGUUUUCGAGUUGGGUUUCUUUAAUGCAAACAACGGUAGUUUGUAUAUAGGAAUUUGGUAUAAACAAAUUCAGCAGCUAACGUAUGUUUGGGUAGCUAAUAGAGACACCCCCAUUACAUCAUCAUCGGGGAACCUAACCAUCGUCGACAACGGCAACAUGGUGCUGGUAGAUCAAGUGGGAACCGUCGUCUGGUCAUCAAAUCAACCCACAAAGGCGGUGAAGACGGUGGCGCAGCUUUUGGACAACGGUAACUUUGUGCUUCGACCGGAAAACGAUGAGAGACCGGAGAAUUAUAUUUGGCAAAGCUUUGAUUAUCCGACUGAUACUCUAUUACCGGAGAUGAAACUGGGGUGGGACAGGAAAUCUGGAAUUACUCGGCGUUUGCAGUCGUGGAAGACGAGCAAUGAUCCGGCGACUGGUGAUUAUUCUUUUAAACUGGAUACCAGUGGCUUCCCGGAGCUUUUAACAUUGAAAAACGAAACAAGAAUUUGGCGAACUGGGCCGUGGAAUGGGAUAAGAUUUAGCGGCGUGCCGCAGAUGGUGGGGGUGGAUAUAAUGCAGUUUGAAUUACAGGAUAAUUCCGAUGAGAUCAGUUAUAAGUUUGAAAUGGUGAAUAAUUCUAUUUAUUCACGAUUGGUUAUAAAUUCUUCUGGUAUUAAUCAAAGAUUGGUUUGGGCCAAAACAACAGAAACCUGGAGGGUGUACUGGUCUUUCCCCGGUGAUUGCGAUCACUAUGGUGAAUGUGGUCCGUCCAGCGUUUGUGACACAACGACUGCACCAUUCUGCAAUUGUUUGACCGGAUUCCAGCCAAAGAACAAACAAUUAUGGGAUCUCCGAGAUAGAACGGACGGGUGUGUUCGGAGCUCUGUAAUGGAUUGUGGGUCGGAUGGAUUUCUGCAAUUGAAGAACAUGAAGUUGCCUGAGAGUUCGAAAGCGAUUGUUGAUGAGAUGAAGAAUUUGAGCGAUUGUGGUGAGAUGUGCAGAAAGAAUUGUUCUUGUGGUGCUUAUGCUAAUAUGAAUAUCAAUGGAGGCGGGUCGGGUUGUGUGAUGUGGGGAGUGGAUCUUAUGGAUAUGAGACGAUAUGCUGGUUCUCAAGAUGGAGGACAAGAUAUCUACGUUAGAGCCGCAGCUUCUGAUUUGGCUCCACCGCCGGUAGCUGAAAGUACCAAAAAUGGCUCCGCCAACAGCAACCACGUUGGUAAGGUUGUCGGCAUUACCAUGAGUAGCUUUGCGGUGCUCAUAUUUAUUCUGAUACUCGUCUACUUGAAGAGGAAGCAAACACGAACCUUGAUAACAUCAAUGGAUAGAGAAGGUCCACAAGGAAGAACCGAAGAUUCCUUAGUAAAUGAUGAGGUUAUUAUACCAAAUAGAAGAAGAGAUAAUCGUGGCAAAACAACUAUCGAUGAACUUGAAUUACCCUUGUUUGAUUUUACAACACUCGCUAUUGCAACAAACAACUUCUCAAAAACAAAUGAACUUGGGAGAGGGGGGUUCGGGCCUGUUUACAAGGGUAUAUUAACGAAAGGUGAAGUUGUAGCGAUAAAAAGGCUCGCAAAAAUCUGCGAUCAAGGGAUUGAGGAACUUAAAAACGAGGUUCAAUUAAUCGCGAAACUCCAACAUCGAAAUCUUGUUCGGGUAUUGGGUUGUUGCAUUGAGGUGGAAGAGAAGUUGCUGAUUUAUGAGUUUAUGGAAAACAAAAGUCUUGAUUUGUAUCUUUUUUUUGGAAAAGAGGAAAGCAUGAAACUUAAUUGGAAGAUCCGACUCGAAAUUAUACGUGGGAUUGCACGAGGGCUUCAUUAUCUUCAUCAUGAUUCAAUAUUACCAAUUGUCCAUCGAGAUAUGAAAGCAAGUAAUAUUUUGCUUGAUAAGGAAAUGAACCCGAAGAUAUCAGACUUUGGUAUCGCAAGGAUUGUUGGAAGGGAUCAAAAAGAAGUACUAACAAAAAUAGUGAUUGGAACAUAUGGUUAUAUGUCACCCGAAUACAUGAUGAACGGGAAUUUCUCAAGAAAAUCAGAUGUUUUUAGUUUUGGGGUUUUGAUUCUCGAGAUAGUGAGCGGUAAAAGGAACAGAGGAUCAUCCAACACAGAUAGCCAACUUAACCUUCUUGCACAAGCAUGGAAUUUAUGGAACGAGGGGAAAGCUUUAGAACUAUUAGACGAAUCGAUUGGAACCAAAUUUUCAGAAAAUGAAGUGUUGAGUGAAACUGUAGGAAUGUCACCACCAAAACAUCCCGGAUUCUUCUUUAGGAAUGAAAAUCUUGAACCAGAAACUUCAAGCAAAAAAGAUGAUUCCAUGACAGUAAAUCAAAUAACACUAACAGUAAUAGAAGGUAGAUAG